AUGAGUUACCACUCUCCACGAACUCCUGGAUCGACCCCGAUCCACGACUACGACAGCGUUUACACGAGGAUGUCGUCCGCAACUCCAACCCCUUCCCCGAGGCCGACCUGGGCCGAGUCAACUCCCAGGCGGCCAGCGACUCGAGUGGCCCAUUCGCGAUUCAACAGCUACUCCCAGGCUAGCGAUUUCAGCCCUCGUCCUCCAAAGGACUCGCCUCGCUACAACAGCAUCGGGCAAUAUAGCACGGCAGAUGUGAGUCAUGUCAAAACUUCUUCGUCGCGCAGGCCUUCCGUUUCCGAGUCAUCUCCGCGCUCCAAGCGCGACCGCCGAUUCUCAUUUACCUAUGUCCGGGCUUCCACUCCAUAUGGAGAAUCCGACGAGGACGAGAUCAUCGAGGCGCUGGGACAUACAUAUGUGCUUCCUGCACAGUCCCGCUCCAAGAACCAUCAUCACCGCAGAUCCGCUUUCCUACCUCGAGAAUUUGAUGAUGACCGAGGACGGUACACUAAUUACGACGACUACCAGGGUGCUACCACUGUCGGCUACGAUGAAUACUACACACGAGAGGGAGCCGCUUCCGUUUUCACCUCGCCUCAAUCCCGACCUCCUACCAGCUUCGGCCACCACCCCUCCCACUCCCGUCGCUCCUCUACCACGGUUCCUCCCCCUCGUCCUUCGACGGUUCGUCCCGCUGCCGCCAGACCCACCAAGCCUGCGUCUACCCCUUCCACUCCCAAGGCCACUGAAGCCGAUGCCCGCAAGCAUCGCAUUCCUACUGGAUACUCACUCAAGAACUGGGAUCCUGCCGAGGAGCCUAUCCUACUCCUCGGUAGUGUCUUUGAUGCCAACAGUUUGGGCAAGUGGAUCUAUGACUGGACCGUCUACCACCAGGGUCCUGCCACUCCCAUCUCUGACAUGGCCGGCGAGAUGUGGCUUCUUCUUAUCCAGCUCGCCGGUAAGGUGAAGCGAGCUGAGGAGACCGUCGGCCGAGUCCGCACUCCCGACAACCGUGACCUCGUUGAGGAGUUCAUCGAGGCCGGUGAGCGUCUCACUGAGAAGCUUCGCUCUCUUCUCAAGGCUUGUGAAGCCCCUAUGCUUAAGGCCGCUAAGCGCAAGCAAGCUGGCCUUGGCAAGAAUGCCGGUGUUGAAUUCGUCGAGACCCUCUUCGGUCGUGACCGUGAGCUCGACAAGACCGAGAAGUUUAUGCAAAACGUGAGGCUCUUCAACCUUCGCUUUGACGCCAACUGUGAAGAAAUCCUCAGGAACCCUACCAAAUAA